AUGUUGGACCUCAACGGCAAUCCCACAACCAGCUAUGAUGCAGUCCAGCAGAUGUGGAGUGGCUCCGACGAGCAGAGUCUGUACAACAACGAGCUCACCAUCGGACAAAUCAUAUUCAAGCAACUGCAACGCGAGCCGCAGCGGCUCUUUCAGAUUUCCCACACGGAGAAGACGCGACUCUCCAGAACCCAAAUGUUGCACGAUGCGGCGAAGGUAUGCAGCUAUUUGAGGCUUCAGGGUUUGAAUGCGUCCAGCAUUGUUGGCCUGAUAGGUCGAAAUACAACGCAUCUGGCUGCUGUCGCCUACGGCUGCAUGUUCAAUGGCACGCCCUUCCACGCCGUCAAUCCCAACACGGAGGCACAUACCAUACAGAGCCUCUACAGCAUCACCAAGCCGCGCAUCAUUUGCUGUGAUGGUCAGGACUAUGUGCGUUUAAAGGACAUAGCGGUGGCAUUAAAGGCGCAAAUUGUGACCCUGAGUGGUCACAUUGCCGGUGUGACCAGCGUUGAGCAGUUGCUGCAAACACCACUGAGCGAGAAUUUCGAGCCGACGCGACUAGAACGGGGCAGCGAGAGCAUUAUGGCUAUUUUGUGCUCUUCCGGCACAACGGGCACUCCGAAAGCCGUGACUCUCUCAAACAGUCGCCUCAUCUUCGAGCAGCACAGCUAUCUAACUGCGAAUGACGUACAAUAUGCUCCCAGCACUCUGGACUGGCUCACCGGCCUCAUCACUUUGAUUACUGCCGGGGUUUAUGGAACGCAGCGUGUGAUCUCCACGGAACCCUUUAGUUGCGCUCACUUUUUGGAGCUUUGCGAGCAGUAUAGCAUCAGUUGGGCCAUCGUCGCCGCCUCGUAUAUCGCCAUGUUGGCCAAUUAUGGUGGCACUAAUGGGCGACCACUGCGCAGCCUUCGCCACCUUCUCUUCGCUGGCGGACAUACCCUGGUGACCACCCUGCAGAAAAUGCAGACCCAUCUUCAGGGUCAGGGCGUUCUGCGCAAUGCGUACGGUCUCACGGAACUGGGCUCCAUUGCCUCCUGCAACUACACCACCCAUUCGAAGCCCAACUCAGUUGGUCGCCUGUGUGGCGGCAUUUGUAUGCGCAUCGUUAGCGAUGCGGGAAAAUUCCUGGGACCUAAGGAAGUGGGCGAACUCUACUGCCGCAAUGGUCAGCUCUGGGCUGGAUAUUAUGGGAACGAGAAGGCCACAGCCGAGAUGCAGGACAAGCAGGGCUGGUUCCACACUGGCGAUGUGGGCUACUUCGAUGAGGACAACUAUUUGUAUAUUGUGGAGCGCAAGAAGGAUAUGCUGAAGUAUAUGAACAUGAUGUACUAUCCACACGAAAUCGAAGAGGUGAUCGCUCAGAUGCCCGACGUCAGUGAGGUGUGCGUCUUCGGUUUGUGGAAUGAGAUCGAAGGAGAUGCGGCGGCCGCAUCGGUGGUUCGCAAGAAGGGCAGUUCCCUGCGAUCCUCAGACGUGGAGCAGUUUGUGCGCCAACACGUGACUGUCAAGUACAAACAGCUAAAUGGUGGAACACUGAUGGUCGAUCAGCUAGCCAAGAGUGCCAAUGGCAAGGUAAAUCGUCAAGCGGUUAAGAAGCAUUACCUUGAAGCCACAAAAACAAAGUAGUCUAGCAAAAAUUAGAGUGUUCCCAAAUAUCUAAUGACCUGAAACCUAGUUCGAAAAAGAAAAUGUAUAGCUUAGAAUAAAUAGUGAAUUGAAAAGAUAUAAUUUACAAGUUCAGUAUUGUAACAUAAUCGAGUAAAGUAUGGAGUUUGGAUGAAAGAAAUAAUAAUAAAUAAUAAUAAUAAUAAAUAUAAAAUUUAUAGGUUAGAAUAAA